AUGGAUUAUAGCUUGGUACGUGAAGAUAUGGUCCUACCGGAAGUAGAAACCACACCGCUGCUGCAGAUUCGUUUUCUACCCCAAGCGUCGGACGAGCUAAUUCACCUGGUCCAAUCUCGUUUAGCGGAAAACGGCAUUGUCGUCUUGUCGAGUCACAAACUCAUGGGAAAAUCCACGAUUUUGAGAAUAACGGCCAAGAUGGAAACGUUGGAGAUACAGGCUGAAAAGAUUCACCUGAUGAAGGAAACGGUUGGCAGUCGUCGCCGGGUCGUCGAUUACUUUCGCCGAGAGCACCGCAGUCGGUUUUGCGAUCUCACCAAACCGCCCCAACGUGAUGCACAAGGUUUGUUUACGGCUGCUGAGUAUGCACUGUUAAUAAGGCAUUUGUUGGAUCGCGUUCAUGUAUUGAAAACAGGGCAAGUUUCAUCUCCCUUGUCCCAAUUGUUUGACACUAAUUAUCGCGUAAAAUAUUUGGUGGACUUUGACGACUCAAAAGAGGCUUCGAGAGGGAGCUUGGCAUUUUUAACGGCUUCGCUCCGCCGCAAACUUCACGAACAUGGAAUUCAGAGUGCCUGUCUUAUGCAUGUUCUGAUCACGUACAAUUUGGUCGAUGCGGUUGUUCCAGUGCCGGUUCCUGCCGUAAAUCGUGAAAUUUUUCGAAAAACGUGGUGGCCCUGGUCUCGUUUGGAUCUACCUAUUGAAUUAAUCCAAGACUACUACGGUUGGGAAAUUGGUUUCUAUUUUGCCUGGAUGGAAUUUUUGACUCGCUGGUUAUUCUUCCCUGGUAUCCUCGGUCUGCUGGUAUAUAUCAUUCGCUGUUACCGGGGAGAUACCAUUGACACGGAUGAAUACACUCCUUUUUACGGUCUCGUCACCUUUCUCUGGGCCGUAUUGUUUUUAAGAUUUUGGGAACGCCACGAACACAGGCUCGCCUAUCAGUGGGGUACUUUCUCGCUGUCGCAAUACGAGCGUCAGAAGUUCUUUGCCGUCCGGCCGGAGUUUCGGGGCUACCUACGGAAGUCCCCCGUAACGGGGGAAGUUGAGACAUAUUAUGAGCCGUUACAAAGAAGAAUCAAGUAUAUUGGAAGUGCGCUUGUAACUUCGGUUAUGCUGGCGGUUGCCUUUUCUGUCAUGAUAUUGUCUCUCAAUUUACAAGGCUACAUUCGCCCGAAGUCAAACCCCACUCGUUGGACCAAAAACAGUCCACAUCCUUUCUUCAUUGCUGAUUUGGCAUUCGUGUCCGAACCGGGCCAAGUCUUCGACGCCUUGUCUCUACGCGGCUAUAUUCCGGUAGUCGGGCACGUGAUAUGUAUUUUCUCUUUGAACUUGCUGUACCGUCGAAUAGCCGAACGAUUGACAAGCUGGGAAAACCACGAAACGGAGAGUAGUCACCGUAACUCACUCAUUCUCAAGCGAUUCCUGUUUGAGGCCUUCGACUGCUACGUCGCACUCUUCUAUUUGGCGUUCUAUGAGCGGGACGUUGAGCGCCUCCGUCUAGAGCUGAUUGCUGUUUUCCAGAUUGAUACAAUCCGGCGCGUUUUGCUAGAGUGCGUUAUCCCCAUACUGAUCCAGCGAUUCAAUGCGGCGCAUCACUUGAAACGAAAGCUGAAUCCUAUGCAGUCCCUCCUGGUGAUUCCCACCCACGACAUAUUAAUGGACGAACUCGAUAAGGAUACCUACGAUCAGUUUGAUGAUUAUAUGGAGAUUGUAAUUCAGCUCGGAUACGUCACCUUGUUUGCGUCAGCCUAUCCGUUGGCAUCCUUAAUUAGCAUCGCAGCUAAUUGGGUGGAGAUUCGUUCCGAUUGUUUCAAGCUAACCCAGGGUUGUCAACGACCAGCUGUCUUUCGAUCUUCUGGUUCGGGUAUGUGGAAAACCUUGGCAUCUUGUAUCAUUUGGACGAGCGCCUUGACGAAUUGUCUCAUCGCGGGUUUCACAUCUGACCAGUUGGUGCACUACCUGCCUUCAUUUUACGUUCAUGUGCAGGAGGGCUAUACAGAUAUGGGUCACGAAAAGGGUUGGUUGCUUGUGUUUUUGAUUUUUGGACUCGAGCGGAUCCUGGUUUUAACCGGCUUGCUCGUGUAUGCGAUUGUGCCAGCCGUACCAGAAGAUGUAGUCGAUGAGCUAGAGCGGCGUCAGUACAUUCGAUCGCAGCAGGAAGCGUGGGAGCAUUCACCCGAGAACAAAAAGAACGACUAAGAAAUUUGAAGUAAUCUUUUUAUUCUCUUAAACAACGAGAUCGAUUGGCUGUGAAUUGCACGUUUGAUAAUAUAUUAGAGCGGGCGGAGGUGUCUAAAGUUUACCAGGAAUCCGUAUCGCCGUAGUUGAUGACGAUGCAGUGUCUUCUGCAGUCGUUGAUACUGCUCCUACCGCAGGUUGUUGUACUAGCCCGUACAAGAGCACGGAACCAGCUUCUCCCCGUUCAAUAGCAAUGGAUCCGACAGCCAACGUGAAAUUACUGGCCAUGGCAAUUGCGACACCGAAAUCGUCACCAGGCCUUUCUCCGGUCCAAGAUACAGAAUGCACUUGCCAUAAUGAAGAAACAUCAGUGGUGUUUAUUGUGCUGGUGCUGGGUGGGUAUCGGUACAAGCGAACCUCCCCAACUUUGCUGUUGGCACCGGGAACUCCCACUGCCAACAAACCUUGACUUAAAGACACAGCAGAACCAGCUUCAUCGUUGGCCGUGGGCGUUUCCUGGACAAUAGGAUCACCUAAAGCGUUCCAACCAUUGGAGGCUUGGUUAUACUCGUACACUACCGUCAUGCCAGCAUUACGUUGACCGUUGACGGUCUUCCACGGAAUGCCCACGGCAACACGGAACGUCGCUGUAUCUCCGCCGAUGUCUCCGACGGUGGUAAGGGCGAUGGAAGCGCCGUAGCGAUUGUCGGAAGAAGAGGGUACAAAAUCGCUGUUGACCAUGUCGAGGGGGCCGCCAAGUACUGUCCAGGUUUGCGUGGAGGUGUCCCAUUGCCAGGCCCGGACAUAGCCAGUGCUACCGGUGUUCCGAGGGGCACUAGCAAUCACUACGCUUCCAUCCGGCGAAAGAUCAACAGCAGAGCCCAACCAAUCCAGAUCUCCUGUCCCGGUCAAAGGCGCACCGCUUCCCAUCAUUUGCCAUACAUUGCCGGACGGGCUGUAUUCGUACACCCCGACGUGUCCGGCGAACCGAAAUUCCGGUGUAGAAAAGUAAGGUGCACCAAUUGCCACACGAAGACCGUUUUGCGACAAAGCUACACCCACACCAGCGUAAGACAUGGAAGAGAGUCCUAUGAUGCGGUUUCCCCUUCGCGCGUACUGGCCCGUCGCUUCGUUAUAAAGGUAUAUUUGGAUACCGCCUGCUUGCUCGCCACCCGAGUCGUCGUUCGGUUCCGAAACAGCCAAAAUGGAUCCAUCCGCAUUGAGCGCCACGGCUGAACCCAGGGCAUCCUGGGCCGCGUCUCCCCGAAGAGCGCUACCUCUUGGUAUCCACUGGUCCUGAACUCGUUGGUAUACCUGUACAAAUCCAGCACGAGCCAACACGCCGGCCGCACUGUCACUGUUGGCCACGUCCGGAGCGCCAACAGCCACAACUUUACCGUCACGCGACAAAGCCAAUGCUUGUCCAAACAUACCGUUCGGUGCCGGACCCGUCAGUCUACCCAAGGGUGACAAUUGCAAAUUUUCUAAAGCUUGCGUAGGCGUUGCGGUGGGAGCAGACGUCGUGGAAAGCGCGGAGGGUGCGAUGGAGGGCUGUGCCGUAGACGAGACAGUCGUGGGACGAACAGUCGGCCUGUUGGUUGGGGCGCCAGUAUCCGACGCUGCUGUAGGAGUAUCGUCUGUACCGGCAGCAACGUCGAUCACAGAAGGGGCUUGGGUCCCUCGCACGUACCGAGUUGGCGCUGCGGUGGUGCCAGCCGCCAACGCAAUCGCUGGAGACGCCGUGGGUUCCGUUGUCUGUAUAUUGGACCAAGAGUCGCCACUAAGAUUCGUUUGCGACGCAUCAUCUCCCGGGUCAUUACUGUUUCUGGUGAAUCCCGUCGUGACCGAAACAAUCAUGGUCGCGAUGGCCAGGAGGAGUAUCAAGAGCAAGGCGUACGCUAACUUUCCUUGUUUAGAGCGAAGGUUGAAGAAACCGUAACAGCACGCGUAUGAGUUGGUGCUCUGUCGGUGCGACGUCCCGAAGCCUUCGGCCGCGCUGUCGUCGCUCCCGCGGGCAGUGGGGCUAACUUCGUGAAUUGAGCCCAAUGCACCGAAAUUGUAGUUGGAAGUGGCCUCGUCGCUGUCGUAAAUGGUAGCGUGAUAGGGUGGAUGUGGGUGCGAUCGCAUUUUGCGACUAUUGUUGCUAAUGACGGGAGUAUGCUCGGAAGCGGCGUUGGAAACCGUGGAAGCCCCAUCGUCUAGAGUCGGUAAAGUGUCGUUGUCGUCGUCGGUGUCAUCGCCAUUGCAGGGUGCCGAUUCGACUUCGAAAGACAGUUUGUGCGUAUCGGGUAUGACGGCUUGGGCCGCCGCAUCCCCGUAGGCAUCGACAUCCACGGGUCCCGUGAUGCCACCAUCCGCCUCAGAGCUGUUGAGGACAGCGUUAAUGAUAAACUGCUCGUGUGGACUGGUGCCAACGUCGGCGGUAUGGUCGUACUCGGGACUGUGUAUACCGACAUCUCGUUCGUAGGGUAUCCGCUCGCGACCUUCCUGCCCGUGACGCUGUUGUUGCUGACGAUAGCGAGCCAGCCACCAAGCGGAGGCGAUUCGUUCGUGUUGUUGCGAUUGCCGCGGUGACGUGGAGAAGUGUGCUGUUGGUAUCGGUCAUGCUGCGGAUGCGGCUAGUCGGCGAAGCGUUACCCGUGUCCGCGGACGACUCCACGCUGGUGUUUCCGUGCGGAGCGUGUCGGUCACCAUCCCUUUCGUCGUCGUCGUCUCCGCUACUGCCGCUCUCCACGCGCUGUCGGUAGAGAUCUCCGGGAUGACCUCCGGUGCGGAAGAAGGGAUUGGACGGUGUAAAGGAGGAAGUGGUGGUGUUGGCGGCGGCGGCGGUUGUUGGAGGCGUCGCGGUAGCCAGAGGAAGAGGUGCAGGAGUCGUAUCCGCGGUCGCGGCAACUCCGCGAUCUUCCUGUGGACGGGCACGGCGCGAACGCAGGAUCGAGGGACGGCGAGGUGGUGCCAUGGUGCCAAAAUGUUGCAAUGGGAUACAGCAA